CUCGGACCGGUUUCCUGGGGUGGGGAGAUGAAGGAUGGGAGGGUGUAAGACAAUCUCACUUGCAAUACUUUUCUCUAUGUGUCCAUAUCACUCAGUCCAUCUCUGGAGCGUAAGGGGAAAAAACAGGGGGAGCCGACAGAGUCGCCCCACUUUCUGAGGUUUUCAUCAACAAUAGUGAGGCCUGAGCAGAAAAACACAUGACUCGAUAGACUGAGACUUGUAAUUUGAUGUGAGAACGAUGGAGAGCUUCAACGAGCUGCUUCUUAAACUCAGGGAGGUCCAUGAGCGAGAGCUUGAGGCUUGGCAGAUGAAAGUGCAAGAACUGUCCAACAAGAAGGGCUGUGAUACAAAGCGAAUGGAGGAGCUGUUCACCAAGAACCAGCAAAUGAAGGAGCACCAGCGAUUACUCACUGAAAACAUCAAGACACUUGAAAACAGGCUGAGGGCAGGCCUGUGUGACAGAUGUACCGUCACUCAAGAGGUGGCUAAAAGAAGACAGCGGGAGUAUGAAAUGUCUCAGAUGCAGACCAUCCAGCACAUCACACUGCUAGCCGGAGAGAACAAUAAUCUAAAAAGGGAAAACAGGAGACUACGAGACGAGAUUGAUCAUCUAAGAGAAGCAGUUAACCGCACACCUGUGGAGGUCAAACCUGACAUCUCUCCUGACCUUUCACCUUUAUCUGGACCUAUCUCCAUGGCAACUGGCAGGGCCACCUCCGACCAGCCAAUAGAUGGCAAUGUUGCAGUGAAAACAGACACAAACCAAAUGGCUGACGAACCUCGCGAAGAGCUCAGACAACUGCAAGGAAUAAGCAAGACCCACUAUGCUACUCCAAUUUACACCUCACCAUCCUGGAAUACAGAAAACAAUGUGUCACAUACUGAGAGGAGAUCUCUCAUUGUGGGAGCCCUGGAACAGCCACUCCCAGUCUCCUGUCAAGCUCUUCCUCUGAGGAUGUCCUCGUCCUCUCUCAAUGCUGAUGUGAAUCCAACCAGACAUACAAUCAAAGCCCCCGUCCCCUGUCGUCCUCAACCAAUCAAAAACAGCCCUGUUGCCUUCCCUUGGGCUCUACCGGAAUCUUCUGCUUGGGAUUCAAUGGCCGCUUCAGGCAUAAACCUGGUGAGGCACCCUUAUCCCAAAACAAAUCUUCCUCGGUUUCCAUGCUUGGUCCAAAGUAGCCAGCACAUCAGCGUUUCCAGCAAUCAAGAUCAUGUUUAUGGGUCUCAGUGGCACAAGCAUAGUGGCUUUCAAGGCCCCAUAAAUGAACCAACUGUGGUAUUUAGGUUGAAGAAUCAAUCCGAGCACACAGAGAUUUUGGGUAAGUCUCAGGAGAAGAAGGAUAUACAAACAUCCGGCACCAAAAGAGUUUUGGAAGACGGCUUCCAAGAUCUCUGCGAGGGUCCUCUAGAUCUGUCGGACAGAGGAAAGUCGAAACCCGGGCAAACAACGAAACAUGAACCGAUUUUGUCCCCACAAGAGGGUGAGGGUGUAAACAACAGAAUUGACAAGGAAUUGAUGCAGAGUAUUCAUGAUCAACCCGCACCACCUCCCACUUCUCAAUCUUUGCUGCCAUCCUUGCCCAUGGUCACACAUCAAGAAGAAGCUACGCGAAAAAAACACGAGCAGGUGGUAAAAGAAAAUGUGGAGCAGAAAAAAGAGGCCACUGGAAAGACAGAGCCAAACAAUGGAAAGAAGGUCCCUGCCCUCACAAUAUCAUUACGGCCAGUAGUGGUGCUGGAGAGUAUGAAUUCCACUCAAACACAAGACUCCCUAUCAAGAAAUGGCAAGUCACCACCACCAAAAGUCGAGCCAGGAGGCUCAGAGGAACAGGUGGAGGAGGAGGUGGAGGAAGAGGAGAAGCAAGAUGAAGAAGAGGCGGAGGAAGAGGAGGAGGAGGAAGAAGAGGACAACAUAUCAGAACAGGAGACCCACCAUAGCUACAAGAGGAAGAAAUUAUUUGCGGAUACAGAAAUGGACCAAGACUCAGGCACAGACUUCAUGGCCAAAGCAAAAAAGGUCAAGAUCACAGUGAGAGCUCCAGAGGCCUCCAGCUGACUGGAGUGGACAUGACCCAAGAUUUUACUCAGAAUUGGGCAUUCAAAAACUCAUAUAGUACCAUCUCUUAUGUCUUGAAAUUUAUUUUCAAAAUAAAAAACUUGAAAAAGUGGAAACUGUCCAACAUGUAAAUGCCGAGACGGACUCUUGGCCAGACAGAAUGUCCAGUAAAUAAAUAAAUAAAUAAAUAAAUAAAUAAAUAAAUAAAUAAAUAAAUAAAUAAAUAAAUAAAUAAAUAAAUAAAUAAAUAAACAUAAAGCUUCUUAAAAGCAUUCUCACAAGCCAUGCAAACCUUCCCCUAAUCACUAUGAGCAGUGCCGCUUAUGACAUCAGAGAAUGUCAAUCCCCAAGUGUCUCAAGCUGUCCGGAGAUGCUUACAAAUUCUUCCCAUGUGACUUACUGCGGGUUGUUUUCUCAAUGCCCGAAAACACGAAUGACACCAGCCAUGAAAUAUAUGCAAGACUAUACCGGCAAAGGAACUUUCAUUGUGACGCUUGCAAAGAGGCUGUAAGGAACACUCUUCACUUGUCAAUUCCACAAGUAGGUAUUAUAUUGAAUUCACACCAGUGCAGGAAGCACAUACAGUCUCCUAAUUCAUACAGUCUCCUAAUUCACCCGCAGAUGACUAUCUUGCUUUAGGUUUCCUUAGUAUUUAGUGUAUGUCAUACAGUAAUGAUAAAUAAUAAUUUUUUUCCACAUUUGGCUAAGUCGCAACUAACCUAGAGUUGUAGUAUGUAUCAGGUGCUUUCGGACUCGCUCACCAAGUCUCAGUACAUAGUGUCAUCUUGUUUAUGAAACAUGUUUGUAAUUAUUUCACUUUCCUGGCAGUGGUGUCACCGCUUGGAUAUUUUUACCAUAACGUCCCCCUCCUGCUGCCUUUAGAUACUUAAGUGGCUCAACAAAAGGGAAAAAAUGAGUAAAACAACUUCCUCUUCCUCUUUUUCAGUUUGAAAAUGCACAUAUUUUGCAACAACUAAGUUUCCACUUACAGCUGUGACAGCAUCUGUUCAUGCGGAAGGGUGCGUGUGAUAAAACUACAGUUACAAUGUUGGUUUAAUAAUAGACUGCUGCAAAGUCACUGUGGUGCUUGUCCAUCUCGCCAAUGCUCCGUUAAUACUCGCUGUGUCAUAGGUAAUUACAUAAAAGCAGUCAUUAGUUUUGUUCUCAAUAACAUUUGCACUUUUGGACUUUAUUUUUGUAUUUGUGUCCACUUCAUUGUAGCCUUUUUGUGAGCAACCAUGAUGCGAUCUGGUCAUCUUUCCAUUAUGUGGAUAAAUAGUCAAUAUUUUGCUAUUGUAUUUCAGAUCAUUAAAGAUAUUUUGUAAGCUUA